ACACACUCACAUCACACGUGCCUUCUCUUCUUCCUUUUCCAAAUUGAUUCCAAACUUGGGAACACAGAUAAUUAUUAACUGAUGGGGGCGGUCACGUCGUCGAUGGCGGCGAAGUUCGCGUUCUUCCCCCCUAAUCCGCCGUCCUACGGUGUCGGGGUGGAUGCCGUGACGGGGAAGCUGAAGAUGACGGGGGUGGCCACCAGGGAAAACGUCGACGUUUUGAAGCUCUGCACCAGACGAGGGAACACCAUCGUUGCCAUCUACAUUGCAAACCCUUCCGCCUCCUCCACUCUGCUAUAUUCCCACGGCAACGCCGCCGAUCUGGGUCGGAUGUACGAGUUGUUCUCCGAGUUGAGUCACCACCUCCGAGUCAACCUCUUAUGUUAUGACUAUUCUGGUUACGGUCAGUCUUCUGGUAAGCCUAGUGAGCAGAACACGUAUGCAGAUAUAGAAGCUGCAUAUAAAUGCCUGGUAGAAAUGUAUGGGGCGAAAGAGGAAGAUAUUAUUCUGUAUGGCCAAUCUGUCGGUAGUGGACCAACCACAGAUUUGGCUACUCGUUUACCAAACCUUAGGGCUGUCAUUCUACACAGUCCCAUCCUAUCUGGUCUCCGAGUCAUGUAUCCUGUGAAGCGGACAUAUUGGUUUGACAUUUAUAAGAACAUUGAUAAAAUUCCUUUGGUCAGAUGUCCAGUUCUGGUAAUUCAUGGAACAGCUGAUAAUGUAGUUGAUUGCUCCCACGGGAAGCAACUUUGGGAACAUUGCAUACAAAAGUACGAACCCCUGUGGAUUAAAGGAGGAAGUCAUUGUGACCUGGAGCUUUACCCUGAAUAUAUAAAGCACCUCAGGAAAUUUAUUGUGGUUAUUGAGAGGCCACCGUAUAAAAAAACUGGAUCUGAACCGGUUCCUGAUCAACUGGACAGACCUAGGAGUAGCACAGAUUUUAGAGAGAAACCUAGACUCAGUAUGGAUCUAAGGGAGACUUUGAGACGAAGUUUUGACUUCAAAGAAAAGCCAAGGAUAAGCACAGAUCAUAAAGAAAAGUCAAGAGCUGACAAGAAAGAUAAAUCAAGAAAGAGUAUAGACCGCUCUGAGAAAGCAUGUAACGGAGCAGAAAUUCCUGAGAGAGCAAGAAAUAGCAUUGACCGUUUUGGUGAAAUGGUGAGAUCGGUUGGUUUGUGCCAUAUUGAUUGUUUUAGGCCCAAGGCAACUCAUGCAUAAAGAUGACUCCAUGACAAAAGCUUACACGUUGAGGCUGUAUUCUUAAUGAUUAUUUGAUUGGUUGAUGGGUGGUAUGGGUGUUAGGAAAAAGUUCAGUUAUUGUCCGGUUUAAUUUCUGAAGUAAUAGAUGAAAAAGUAAUUUAACAUAGUAGAUCAUGUUUCGCUAAAUCCUAGUUUGGUUAAUAAUGUGACCUGAUUUUAGCAUGCUAACGUUAACCAGGGUAGUGAGUUCAAUUUGUCAGGGUAACCACAUAAACAGGCACUUUACAGUUCUGCAUUGUUAGAUUUACUUCUGUAUUGCUACAGUAACAUGUUUCCUACACGAAAACAGACUGGAUCCAACUUCUCUGCAU